AUGCAAGCUGCUGCACAAGGCUCAGACUGUGAUUUUGGUCUGACCUUGUGCACCUCGCACUGGACGAGGAGUUUCACGCACAAGCAUAUCUACGCGUCAGAAGUUGUGUUUCUACAGAAACUGCUCCGGGCAGUUCCACUAACUGCAGAUCCCUCGGAGGCAGACCUCUUCGUUGUGCCAUGGCUCGUGAGGUCGCACUGUGCAGUCCGAGAGGUGUGGGACAGAUGCAUCAUCACCGAGCUAGCUGGUCUGCUCUGGCACUACCUGCCUCACUUUAACGAGUCCACGCGUGGAAGACAUCUUUUCUUUGCGACGGGCGGCCCACCGAACCUCCCGAUGGAUGUGCAGGCUCAGCCUCUUCAGGUCACUCUUGGUCCGGACUAUUUACCACCAGGCCGGCCCCACUUCGUGUCCGGACGGAUUCUGGUGCCAUAUCUGAGCAAUGACCCCUUCCUUCAACCAGGAGCCUGGCAAUCCUGGAAGAAGAUGGGGAUGCGGAAGGACGUGUGGGUAUGCUUGGCUUUCUCGCUUCAGAACAUCGCGCGACACGUGCUACUGGCUUCCUUCAAAGCUGCCAGCGAAGGCAAUGGUACUCUGCCAUGGCCUGGCCCGAUCCGAAUCAUCGGGUUCAACAGGAAGAUGACUGCCGUCGGCACUCCGACGGACGAGACAACCCCCCGCGAGCUGCUGAAGUUGUUGGCAAGAUCACGAUUCUGCGUUGUGCCACCGGCAGACACAUCUAGCAUUGGAAAACGGUUUUAUGAUGCGGUUCUGUCUGAGUGUAUUCCGGUGGUUAUUGCAUUUCCGACAAAGUAUGGACUGGGAACAUCCUGGUGGACUUUCGACGGUACUCCAGUGGAAUGGAGUUUGCCCUUCGCGCAUCAAGGCUUGGAUUACUCGAAGCUUGCCAUUGAAAUACCCGUGGAAGAGGUGCGACAGGGAAAUGCCGUAGCAUACCUCGCUGGCAUUUCGGAGGCUGUCGUUGCGAAACGGCUAGCAUACCUUCAGGCGGUCCGCAAUCACUUAGUCUUUGAUUACAGUGGGGAAACCAUAGACGCUUUCUCUGUGGCGGUACGCCAGCUGCUGUCUCUGCUGCCCACUGCAAGGGCAGCGCCGGUGAGAUGUUUGGACCUCCCGAGGCUUGACGACAGCCCUUGGAGCAGCGAGGAGAAGCGCUGGAUUGAUGGCGUCAACCGUCAAGCCUGGGGCAUUGUCGAAUGUUACUUUGUAGCCGGUCGGCUUCCUGUGGGGUGGGGCCCAGGCUUUCGAAAUCUCUUGCCCAGUUCGCCUGCCAUUUCAGAGGAUUUCUCUCCAGCUGGUCCUGUUCGCAUACCACGGACACGUACCCGUGGGCCUUCGGUACAUUGCACAAGGUGGAGUGAUGAGCCCAGCGCAGCUCGAAGAUGCGCGUUACUGGAGCCAGAUGUUCGACGCACCAGCAGGUCCAAAAAUCGGUGUGUCCCGAUACGCACGGCAUGCACUGCCGCCACCGGCGACAUCUCCGCUUCGGUGCAAGAUCUGGUGACAUUGGCUGCAUGCACUAAUGCUUCCGAUAUUGAGAAGCAGCUUCUCACAUUGCUUGAUG